AUGAGAGGCAUGAGUCUCUACACUGGAAGCCUGAAAUAUUGCCAGAUAUUCAAAAUCGUCGCUCCAUAUGUGAUCUUAUCAGCUGUUUUUGCCACUUUAAAUGCAAGACUCCACCUACCACCCUUCUCACUAUUCCUCAUUGCUCUGAUGCUCACUGAUGGAAUGACAAUGACGUUUUUCCGGAACAUCACGGAUACUGGAUCGUGGUUGGAGAUUGGGCAAUCGAUUAGUUUCUUUUGCAUCACUUCUCUAUUAUUGGUUUGGUCAGCUGGUAUCUGCACCGCCGGGGAGUAUCUCAUGGUAGACACGUUGGUGUUCCACAAGUCCACGGACAGUCGCAAGCUAGAAUGA